AGGACGCGCUGGAUCUUAGGCUUCCCGCAGACCUGAAGAACCGGCUUAGAACCGUUUGCCUCCCCGGGCCUGGGCCGGCGGCAGUAGAGCCUCCCGACGCGGAUUUCCCGCGGGGCAUUGCAGUGUGCAGAAGAGCCGGCCUGCUAGGAGCGCGAGCGCGCGGCCGCACUUUCUCGCGCCUGCGCGCGCGCACGCCUCAACCUGUGCGGGACCGGCCUUGGGGGCGGAGCCUUAGCUACACAAAUAGAAUGCGCGGCGGGCCUUGGUGGGGGCGGGGCCUUAGCUGCACAAAUAGGAUGCGCGGCGGGCCUUGGUAGGGGCGGAGCCUUAGCUGCACAAAUAGGAUGCGCGGCGGGCCUUGGUGGGGGCGGGGCCUAAGCUGCGCAAGUGGUACACAGCUCAGGGCUGCGAUUUCGCGCCAAACUUGACGGCAAUCCUAGCGUGAAGGCUGGUAGGAUUUUAUCCCCGCUGCCAUCAUGGUUCGACCAUUGAACUGCAUCGUCGCCGUGUCCCAAAAUAUGGGGAUUGGCAAGAACGGAGACCUACCCUGGCCUCCGCUCAGGAACGAGUUCAAGUACUUCCAAAGAAUGACCACAACCUCUUCAGUGGAAGGUAAACAGAAUCUGGUGAUUAUGGGUAGGAAAACCUGGUUCUCCAUUCCUGAGAAGAAUCGACCUUUAAAGGACAGAAUUAAUAUAGUUCUCAGUAGAGAACUCAAAGAACCACCACGAGGAGCUCAUUUUCUUGCCAAAAGUUUGGAUGAUGCCUUAAGACUUAUUGAACAACCGGAAUUGGCAAGUAAAGUAGACAUGGUUUGGAUAGUCGGAGGCAGUUCUGUUUACCAGGAAGCCAUGAAUCAACCAGGCCACCUCAGACUCUUUGUGACAAGGAUCAUGCAGGAAUUUGAAAGUGACACGUUUUUCCCAGAAAUUGAUUUGGGGAAAUAUAAACUUCUCCCAGAAUACCCAGGCGUCCUCUCUGAGGUCCAGGAGGAAAAAGGCAUCAAGUAUAAGUUUGAAGUCUACGAGAAGAAAGACUAACAGGAAGAUGCUUUCAAGUUCUCUGCUCCCCUCCUAAAGCUAUGCAUUUUUAUAAGACCAUGGGACUUUUGCUGGCUUUAGAUCUAUGAGUAAUUAUUUCUUUAGGGAGGGGUAGUUGGAAGAAUUGUUUGUUUUGUGAUCCUGGGGAUGGAACCUAAGACCCAGUGCGUGCUGAGCAAAUGCUAUACUGCUGAGCCACCCCAACCCUAGCCCCUAUAUAAUUCUAAACAAUAUGUUGUCAUUUCCCAGUAAUCUAACAAGGUUAUAGUAAAAGUGCCUUAAGAAAUGUCACUUGCUAUAAAGGUCUCAGUGCCCCUCCCAUGAGACCUCAAGUGGCUCCCCAGCAUAUGCACAGGGUACUGUGUGUACAAGAGACCCCAGUGAUGUAGAGCCCCUGGAGCAUGAGCAGAUGUGUGGGCUCAUAAAAGUAGGAGCUAGGCAGGUAAGUCCAAAGGGCAGAAACAGGUUUUAAACAGCAGAGCUGGAACUCAGACUAUAAAGAAAAUUCCAUCAAAGUAGAGACUGGAUUAUUGUAUGCACAUCACACUUGCAGCAAAGCUCUGCUCACUCAGACAGAAAAUCAGUAAAUGGAGAACUCCAUUGUGUUCCAUGGAGACGAGAGCAGGUGGAAGAUUAUGUAAGAUCUGAAACACUGAAAUUGUCUGCUUCUCAUCUUCAGUGAGAUUCCAAAGGAUAGUACAGUGACAGAACAAGAAUAGGCACUCUCUACAAAAAAAAGAAAGAAAAAACUAAGUAAUAGCAAGCAUAAUAGCUACUGUUAAGAACUCAGAGAUAAUGAAUUGAGAAUGGAUACUGCUUGAAAUGAAAAUUUAAUAAGUUAGAAACUAAACUUUAUAAAAAUAAAAAAAUGAGCAUUAAAAUGGCUUUCCUCAUCUCAGCAGGGUUUCAGAUCAUCAGGUCAGAGAAAGUAUUUCUGCCUGGCCUUGUAAAUUAGUAUGGUCUUUUUUUAUCUUUUACUUGACAAUUUCCUACAUGUUUACGAUGUGUCUUAAUCAUACCAGGUCCUCAUCCCCACUCCCCCACUACCUUUGUAUCUUCUUUCUCUUUUCAUAACCUUCUGAAACCAGUCAUUGCUUUCUUCAUGUUCCUGCAUGUGUGCUGUCCACUGGAGUACGGGCAGCCUGCCAGUGGACACACACACACACACACACACACACACACACACACACACACACAGAGCCAUCAGUUACCAAUAGCUCUUCAGCUGGGUGCAGUCUUAGGAGCCUCUCCUCCAUCCAAGCUAGAAUAUGGGUCUGCAGAUCACCACAGCUGCUGUGAGCUUGUGAGUGUGGUGUCCAUGCCAUGUCCAGAAGGCAGCAUUAUAUAUACAUGGCCCUAUUCCCCAGGCUUCAGGCCUUCAUUCUUUCCACCACUUCUUCAGUGCUCCCUGAGCCUUAGACAAGUCUACUGAUAGAAAUGGUCUGUUCAGAGCUGAAUAGUAAACAGUCACUUAGUCUCUACACUUUGAUCAGCCUUGUGUCUGUAAGCUGGAUGCUCUCUACUGAAAAAAAAAAAAAAAAAAACAGAACUUCUUCUCCAACCAGGGUUAAGAGCACUAAUACAGGGUAUAAACACAGGUAUUUAGAAAGCACUCUGAAAACCUAGCCAUUUAACAAAGCAGCAGUAGUAGGUUUGUCCUUAGAACCCAUGACUUCCACACCACAGGCAUUUGACCAGUUUUGCAGUACUAGACAUGAAUUGUCUCCUAUAGAGCCGGCCUCAAAUCCAACUAGGAAGCAUUGACAGGCAUGCCAUUGUUGUUCAGUAGAAACUGUAACAUGCAGGGCCUACCACCAACUAAGUCCAUAAAAGCUUUUCUCCCUGGUGAUGUGCUCGGCACCUUCUGGCGCUGAAAACUGUCCAGUGAAGGAGGAAGUUUCCAGGCAGCUCCAGAUUGAUUCUCUAUGUCCUGCAAGUAAAUGUGUUGUAAAUGUGCCUUCAACAGUAGGGGCUUGUCAUCUGGCUACGACAGGCAACCAAGAGCGAUGGCAAAAGAUGUGUUGUUUUGGGAGCCUCCUUAACUAGUUACUUUUAAGGGUGCCCCACACCUGGCACUGAGAGUUUCAUUUAAUAACCUAGGUCUUCAUUUAGUAAGCAUUGUCCACCAGUGUGUAGGAUGCCUCCAUUCAAACUUUUUUCUUUAGUUAUAAUUACCUGAUAACCAUGAACAAAGAGAUGAACUCAAAGAGGCAGAGAGUCUGCUGAGCUAGCCCAUGAAGCAGGUGAGCCAGUUUGUGUUAUGUAGCAGUUUCCUCUAAGGUCAAAACCUGUCUUAGAAGGAAGCUGUUUUGACAUAAGACGGUAUAGAGGAGCUAGAAGAAGAGAAUAUUCUAAGGGAAGCUGGGAACUUCCUUAAGCUCAGCAAAUACACAACUUAGAAGAUCUUAAAAUUGACCAGGUACACUAGACUCCUCCCUCCCCAAGCAUAGAUAAGCAAUGAUUGCCGAGGGGCUCUGAGACACGCUGAGCUGUCUAGAAGACCAACUGAGCCUCCUGGCAAAGCAGAGACCAGCAGAGCUGUCUGAAGGAGGCUUGGACCUACCGAACUCCCUAGAAAGAGCACUGGAACCUGUUGAGCUGCCUGUAGGUUGUCUAAUACACUCCAGGUUUCCUGAGCUGUGACUCUGCUGGAACGGGCUUUUGGUGAUGCAAUUUUGAUGGUCUCCUUCCUUUGAACGUCCAUAUCUGGGGUUAACAGACAUUUGCUCCUGUCUCUCCAGGAGGUGUGUUAUACAAUGAUUUGGAUCCCUGGUGCUCAGGCAGAGGCAAGUACAGUAGCAUAUGUUUGUAACCCUGGCAGUGGUGUGGUAUGGGAGAGACUGGCAGUGUAUUUGCAAGCCAGACUGACCCAAGAAAGAAAGAAAAAAUUUAAUUGUUUCAGCAUCUUUUAAAUUUGGAAAAAAGCAUAAAUGUCAAAGAAAUAAUUACUAUGUCUAUAAAAUACAAUAUUUGCAGCACUUGAAAAGGAUGUGGCCCUAACAGGAAAGUUCUUCAGGAAAAGAAACACACACACAAAAUCUAGUAUUAGUAUGUCUAAGAGUAAUAUAUAUUAAAAAUAGUUGACAAUAUCAGACUUAGUGUUAUUUUCUGUUUGUCUUCUAUGAUUAGGAUUUUUUGGAAACUUUUAUAGAGAAAUUAUUUAAACUAUUAAGUCACAGCCUUUGUUUUCAACAGGAAAAUGAGGGUAUAGAGCAUUGAGAGGAAAAAUGAUUUUCCAAAAGUCAUCCAUCAAGAGAGAGAGACCAGACCAUACAAAAGAAAAAAGUCAAUUCUAUAGAACAGUUGCACAUCAAAUAAAGCAAUAGCGCUUUCUUGCAAUGAACAUAACCUGAAAGCCACCAAUAUCCAGAAUUUGUAGGACUCAGUGACUCAGUCAGAAAAAGAAACAAGUUAUUUACAGAGGAAAUUGAAGUGGCCAAUGCAGAGCUGAACCUUCUACCAGAAAGGAGAGAGGCAGGGGAGGAAAUUACAUGUGCCAGUCUCACCAUCUUUAGACUAAAAUGUUGACAUCUCCCAGAGCUAGGGAUGCUAUGCUCAGCACGCAGCAGUUUCACUGUGGAUAAGACCAAGAGAACACCUCAUACAUGCCAAAACGAAAGACAAAAGCACCCUGGAAAUCUAGACACAAGGAAAUUGUCGUCUGGCUAUUUUAGUAUGAGUUCUCUCCAAUGUGUAUUCUGAAACAAUUCAGUGAAAGUGGUGUGUGUGGUAGGAUGCACCAGAAAGCACAGUUGGGAUAUGGGAAAACAAGAAACCUAGUUCAAGGUCAUUAAGCAGAUUCCCAUUGACAACCCGGGAAACUGAGGGAGGAAGAAAGCUGGAGUGUGUAGAUCCUGAUCGUUGUUUGCACGAUGUUCCACACUGCCAGCUUGUUGCUCUGUGUAAACCGGACACACUCCAACUGCCAAGGUCCCAAGCUGCUAACAUAAAUGCAAAGAAUACGAAACACUAGCAAUUCCAUGUUUCUGCUACUUUCUACAUAAAAAAAAGUGCACAGCCCAGUAAUUUAUUUGAAAUAUAAUAUCCAUCAGGGUGAGGGUAAGGGUGAUAAUCAUAGCUUCCACCAAAGCAUUGUGUAUACUGAAAAGGAGACAUGAUACGUUUUUGUGUUAGAAGGCGAGGUUUCAGGUGGGCUUUGAAUUUGGUUUGACUGAGACUCAUUGAGUUUGAGGUGUCUUUAGGAAAGGAAGAAAGAAGGGAACAAAAAAUAAAAAGCAAUGGAAACAUGC